ACAUGCACACGCUAUCAGUAGACGGUCACAGGUCACAAUAGAACAAAGGAGUCAUCCCCAGGUCCCCAAAGCCCGCGUAAAUGAAUCUUCUGAAGCUUUCGCGCAUUUUCGCAGAUUGCAAUUUGAAAAGGUGAUGGACGAACCUGUCGUGUAGUAAGUGCCGUUUAACGCCCAAUUGGUUGUGUUGCUGGCUGGCUUGUUUCUGAUGGUGUUUGUUUAUGAAAAAUCCAACGUCAGAAUUAUCACGCUUUGUAACUUAAGUAUUUAGCAGCCUUCACGAUGAAGUCCUCAAACGAUCUUGUGUACAAAUCAAAUCGACCUCCAAGUCAAUUUCUCGAAGAACUAGAUUCCGCCAGGAGAGCAGGCUUAUUUUGUGAUGGAGAGGUCGUUGCCCAGGAGAAGACAAUCAAAGUGCAUCGGGUCAUUCUUGCCGCAGCCUCUCAAUAUUUCAGAAAUCAGUUUGAACUGAGCGAGACCAAUCAAGUUCAAUACCUGGAUAUCGACAGCGAAGACUUGGAAUACAUCAUAAGUUUCAUUUACUUGGGACAUGUCACAGUUCCGUACGUUAAAGUGAAGCAAGUCCUUGUUGCUAGUCAGAAAUUUGAUAUCCCGGAAUUAGCGCAGGCCUGUAGGUUGUAUCUUGAAGAAAACUUUCUGACUGGCGAUGCGUUUGAGCUCCGUUCAUUUGCUGCUCUCAAUGGUCAUUAUAGUUUAUGCGAAAAGAUUGACUCGUACCUGAAAGAAAAUGUCAAUUAUUUGUAUCAAAGUAAGGGGUUCUUAUUGUUGCCAAGGUUGCAAGUAACCCUAAUCGCCAGCCAGUCUUGCUCAAAUCAUGAACUUGAGAACAUCUCGGCUAUCUUUGAAAGAGUUAUUGCUUGGGUCCAAAAAAGACAACAGGAACAUGGUGAAAAACUCAACAGCCUUUUAGAGGAAAAUAAUAUGCUGUAUCUACAGUCAAAUCAUUUGCUGAAAGACUGUGCACUAGAGGAUAUCGAGGAACAGCUUGAUUUCAACAGUAAUGAAGAUAUAAAGAAGUUCAGGCGACAGACAUCAAGAGGCAAAUCAGAGAUUUAUGAGAUAUCAAGUAAUUUGCCAAAGAGAAAGAUGUCUUUGCAAGGGACAGAAUAUAAGCUGAUUGCUGACAUGCAAACGUCAGACCAAAAUGCAAUUGGAUUGUGUGUUGUUGCUGAUAAGAUCGUAGUUAUUGCGCUUCAUUAUAAAUCAAAGCAAUGCUCAUCAAAUGCUUCAACAGUUUCAAGUGACUCUUCAGGAUGUGAAGACAACAUUCUCAAUAAUUCAGUUACUAUGCUUGCUCCUAUGACAACAGGGAGAUGCAGUGCUGGAAUAGCAACUCACGACAGAAAGUUAUUUGUUAUUGGUGGUUACAAUCGAGGAUGCUGCCUCGAAUCAUGUGAGGCAUAUGACCCCGAAGUAAAUGAAUGGGCUGACCUCCCCUCUCUCGGCGUGAAACGUGCCAGAUUGCAAUCUGUGACCAGUGGCGGCCGAAUAUUUGUCGUCGGUGGAUCCGAUGGACACAGGGAUUUGUCGUCCAUAGAAGUAUACGACCCAGUUAGCAAAAAAUGGGAACCCGGAAAUGAGAUGAUCGACGAAAGGGCCUCUUUUGGAAUGGAUAAACUUGAUAAUGAUAUCUACGUAGCUGGCGGUGUAUCCGAAUCGCAGAGUCUGCGAAAAGCGGAGCGCUAUAAUAUCGAGUCAGAAACAUGGACACGUUUGCCACCAAUGAGUACGCCGCGAGAGAACGUUUGUGUUGUUGCCUUUAAAGGUAAAAUGUAUGCCAUUGGCGGUAGUAAUGGCUGGCGCUGCCAUAACACUGUCGAAGUAUAUGACCCGAAGACUGGAGACUGGGACUUUGUUUCUAGCUUGAGUGGACCUCGAAGGGGAGCUGCAAGCGCAGUGUAUGAUGGGAAAAUCAUUGUAGCUGGGGGGUCUGAUGGUAAAACAGCAUUGAAUACGGUAGUUUAUGAUGAUGCAUCGGAUAACUGGUCACAUCUGCCUUGCAUGACAAGCAGUCGUAAUAAUGCCUCCAUGAUUGUUCUGGAUUCUGUUCUGUACGUCAUUGGGGGCUUUGGCGGCUACAGCGGCACCGAAUUCCUCAAUACAGUCGAGUAUUUUGAUACCGGCCUAAAUGAAUGGAAGGUUUACAUACAGGGAUGAAUGGCAAGGAAUUCACAUGCACUGAAGAUAUACGUACAUAUAAAACUUUUGACUUGCCUCUUUGAAGGCGAGAAAAUUUUAAGUUUUUUUAUUGCUGGAUUAAGCUUGCAUGUGUCACUUCCUUCAGCCGAGUUCCCUUGUUUAAGGGUUCCUUUUAUUAUCAUCUUCGACAAUAGUCGAGCAGAAUGUCUUUUGUGUUUGAUCCUUUAUUUAAACUCUAAGUUGCCAGCCUGUGGAUGUUUUUAUUAGAUAUCAUAUUGAAGAAUAUGGUUUUAUUUCGUAUAGUGACAUUUUCUGUCUUCUUUGCAUUUCAAAGUUGGUGUACAAGCAUACGCGUUUACAAUGCAAACGCACAGUCGUGUACAGGCAUACGCGUUCAGGCAAGGUAUUUUUUGGACCUCAGUGCCACAGUUCGAGCUUUUUAAGCUUUUAACUGUGCUCUUCGGGACCUGGGUUCUACAGUUAAGGCUUUUCGAGCCCCUUCAUUUGCUCGUGUUUCAAACUAUCAUUUAAUCGUCAAUCCAUUUUGUCAAGUAUUCGAGUGUAAAUUUGGAAUUAAGUCUCAUUGACAUUAUUUGAAAACCCACUUACUAGUUUAAGAACAUACCUGUUAACAUUGCGAUUUUAUCUUAAAGUAGCCAGCGGAGCCCUCUUAAAUUAUCAUCCCUUCCUCUACGAAGGCCUAACCCCCUUUUUACUUCCUUUUCAAACCUAAUACAAACCCAUGAAUUAAAGAGUAGAUGUUUUUUGGACCAAUGUCGCUUCAAAAGUUAUAGCAUUUGAGCAGAGGACUCAAAUUUACUUUUCUUACAGUUCUGAAUAAAGUGGCUUAAAGUUUGCUUUUACGAAGUGGUAGAUUUUUAUUUGUGUAAACCACUAUCUUACUUUUUUAUUAAAAUGUGAAACUCAA